GAGGACCCGAGCAGGGAAAGGACUCUGUAGGGAACUCGGUGGGAGACUAUGGGGAAGGACCAGGAGCUCCUGGAAGCUGCUCGCACUGGAAAUGUGGUUCUGGUGGAGAAACUCCUGUCUGGCCGGAAAGGAGGGAUCCUGGGCGGUGGAUCCGGACCCCUGCCUCUGUCUAAUCUUCUAAGCAUCUGGCGAGGCCCCAAUGUGAACUGCACAGACAGUUCGGGUUACACUGCUCUACAUCACGCAGCCUUAAAUGGACAUAAGGAUAUAGUUCUCAAACUACUUCAAUAUGAGGCAUCAACAAAUGUGGCAGACAACAAAGGUUAUUUUCCUAUUCAUCUGGCUGCCUGGAAAGGAGAUGUGGAGAUCGUGAAGAUUCUUAUUCAUCAUGGACCUUCACAUUCCAGAGUCAAUGAACAGAACAAUGAGAAUGAAACUGCCCUACACUGUGCAGCUCAAUAUGGACACUCAGAGGUAGUUGCUGUUCUCCUGGAAGAGCUCACUGACCCCACGAUUAGGAACAGCAAGCUUGAAACACCACUGGACUUGGCAGCACUCUACGGACGGCUGAGGGUGGUCAAAAUGAUCAUCAGUGCACACCCGAACUUAAUGAGCUGUAACACCCGGAAACACACACCGCUUCACCUUGCUGCCCGCAACGGUCACAAAGCAGUUGUACAGGUGUUGUUGGAGGCAGGAAUGGAUGUGAGCUGUCAAACAGAAAAGGGGAGUGCUCUUCAUGAAGCAGCUUUGUUUGGGAAGGUGGAUGUCGUGCGAGUUCUGUUAGAAACAGGAAUUGAUGCCAACAUAAAAGACAGUUUAGGUAGAACUGUCUUAGACAUUCUGAAAGAACAUCCGUCUCAGAAAUCUCUCCAGAUUGCAACGCUCUUACAAGAAUACUUAGAAGGUGUGGGGAGGCCAGCAGUCCUGGAAGAGCAAGCACAGGAAGACACAACACAAGAGAAACCCCCGUCCUCUCCUGUGGAGUCUCCUUCCCAGAAGACCAAAAGUGAAACUGUGACUGGAGAGCUGUCAAAACUCCUGGAUGAAAUAAAACUCUGCCAGGAAAAGGAUUAUUCUUUUGAAGAUUUGUGCCACACGAUAUCAGACCACUACUUAGAUAAUUUGAGCAAGAUUUCAGAGGAAGAACUUGGGAAAAAUGGAAGCCAGAGUGUAAGAACUUCAUCUACAAUAAAUUUGUCACCAGGAGAAGUGGAAGAAGAAGAUGAUGAUGAAAACACCUGUGGGCCCACGGGACUUUGGGAAGCAUUAACUCCUUGUAACGGAUGUAGGAACCUUGGCUUCCCCAUGCUUGCACAGGAAUCUUAUCCAAAGAAGAGAAAUUACACUAUGGAAAUCGUACCACCUGCUACUCUGGACACAUUUCCUUCAGAAAAUGAGAACUUUCUCUGUGACCUCAUGGACACAGCCGUGACAAAGAAACCUUGCUCUUUAGAAAUAGCAAGGGCACCUUCACCAAGAACUGAUAAUGCCUCUGAGGUAGCAAUUACUGCUCCAGGAACCAGUAACCAUAGAAACAGCUCGACAGGUCCAACACCUGACUGCUCACCUCCAUCCCCUGACACUGCCCUAAAAAAUAUCGUAAAAGUUAUCCGACCACAGCCAAAGCAACGGACAUCCAUUGUAUCUUCUCUGGAUUUCCAAAGAAUGAAUCACAACCAAGAAUACUUCGAAAUCAGCACAUCUACAGGCUGUACCAGCUUUACUCCCAGCCCUCCAGUUAGUCCACCCACCUCUUCUGGGGGAACCACAGAAGUCAAGAAUGAGAGGCCUGACCACACAG